AUGACAGUGACCCGGUGGCCGCUCCCACCCCACUCGGUGGUGACCGGCUGCCGCCCUUUCAACAGAGCCCUACCAUGGGCUGGGCGACACGAUCACACAUCUCGCUCAGCGGCGGAACGGGCUCUGCGCUCCUUGCUGGCCAUGUCUGUAAACACAAACAUGAGCACGCACGCUUUCAGAGUACAGCGCGGCAUGGAUGAGUCGGACAGAGUUUUCCUGGAGGAAUACGAGGUUGGGACCUGUGAAACCAAACUCAAGGAACUACUAGACUACGUGGAUAAGCCCACCGGGAAGCCGGAGCUCACCAAACCAGACGUGCUUGGUCAAAUAGUCCUUCUCCAGCAACGGAGAUUCCACCUGCAGCUCACUGAGCUUCAGAGACACAGUCAAACUCAACAAAAUGCUAUCCGCCGCUUGCGCCAAGAGAUCCGGGACGCACACAAUGCGUACUCUGAUCUCCAGGCCGAGUGUGUUCUCCUGAAGCAACUGAAAAUUGCUAAACAGCAAGGAGAUGCAGGGGACGGGGACACUCAGACCAACCGGGUAAGUACAGAAGCGGCAGAAUUCACAACGAAGACUGGCGACUCGGACGACGAGCGGGCCGCAGGGAUAAUUUCCUAUCGGUCUCAACCCGCCAGCGAAGGUGUCACCCCGGAUUGGAGGAUCAUCGACCAAGAGAAACCCUCCUCCCAGUGGAGGGAGGAAAAUGGCUACACCAUCAGAAGGGUAAGUUAUCAGCCCCCAAGCCCGAAGAACAUUCUGGAGUUUCGGGUCCCAAGGAAAGAGGAUCACUCCCCUGUUCGGUUGAAAAGAGAAGAAGUUUCAUGCAGCCGAAGAGAUGAUUACUCUCCUGCUUGGCCGAAAAGGGAGGGAGUCUCCCGCAGCAGAAGAGAUGACGACUCUCCUGUUCAGCCGAGAAAGGAGGAAGUCUUCCGCAGCAGGAGAGAUGACGACUCUCCUGUUCGGUCAAGAAGGGAGGAAGUCUCCCGCAGCAGGAGAGAUGACGACUCUCCUGUUCGGUCAAGAAGGGAGGAAGUCUCCCGCAGCAGGAGAGAUGACGACUCUCCUGCUCGGUCAAGAAAGGAGGAAGUCUCCCACAGCAGGAGAGAUGACGACUCUCCUGUUCGGUCAAGAAGGGAGGAAGUCUCCUGCAGCCGGAGAGAUGACUGCGCUCCUGUUCGGUCAAGGAGGGAGGAACUCUCCCGCAGCAGGAGACAUGACGACUCCCCUGUCCGGUCGAGGAGGGAAGAGCUCUCCCGUAACAGGAGGGAUGAUUACUCCCCUGCUCGGCCAGAAAGGGACCGCCCCUCGGUCACAACGGGGAGGAGCCGACAAGGAGGUGACUACCGCACCUCAGACGACUCUGAUGACUGA